CGUCUUCUCCUUCGUAAAAUGUCGUCUGCUGUGGUGACAAGUGCAGCUGAGUAUGAUGUGAGAGCGUUGGAAAAGCUCAAGGAUCUUUAUGGCGAUCUGGCACAAAUUCCGAUUCCAACUCAAGGACGAAUCGAGAAGAAGUCAGGAGAUGAGUUCAUCAAAGUCACCACGACUUGGGAUAACCGUGCCAUGCAGCUGAAUAAGUUGACUCGUCAGCAACGUGUCAGCUUGAUUGGAAAAAAAGGACCGGAAGUUACGGAUCGGUAUCUGAUGACGUCGGUUUCGGUGCCAAUGUGUAAUUAUGAAAACCAAAGAAGUGUGUAUUCCGCAUCAAACUCCCGUGUUGCUCAACUUCUGACCAUCGGAACUGGAGACGAUAAGAAACAAUAUUUGAAGAUCUACAAUCUUGAGGAACAUGUGGAAGAGCUUUGCGCUGAUCUUUCCACUCAGAAAAAGCACGGAACAAUUCACGGUGGUGGUUGUAUGCCGUUCGGAUGCCUUCACUUUUCGUACGGGGAGGGGCAUGUUUUGUACGUGGCUGAGAGAAAUUCGAAAACUUCGCAAUACUUUGAUGCUGAUAUAGAGUGGGAUAACGAGACGAAGGUUUUCGAAAGCAAAGUGGGCAAGAAAUUCGAGCUCACCGAGUCAUGGGGAGAGCAGAACGAUGGUGUCAAGCAGCCGGUGAUUUGCAUUGUCGACAUCUCCAGUGGAAAUGUGACAGCUCUCGAUCAAAUUCCUGCGAAUAUUUCCCCAUCCUACACGAAAUGGGCUCCAGGAGAUGCUGGCGUUGUUUUCUUUGGCCUCGAAGAGCAGGACACCCCACGGCUUGGCAGAAUCUACUGCAACAAUCGCCGUGGAAAUCUUUACUACUAUGAGCUUGCGACCGCAAAGCUGACGAAGAUCAGUGAGGGUGAAAUCUCGGCUGAAGAAUUGCAAUUUUCGCCCGACGGAAAUACUUUGGUGUGGUUCCAGAGAGCAGCAGAUGGACCACAUCAAGCAGUUCUUGAAAUGGUAGCUGUUGAGUGGCCAUUGAAAGUAGAUUCUGCUGAAAACAUUGAGAAGCGAAUCAUUGUUCCGAUUGUGAAGGAGAAGAGAUCUGCAGACGAAUUCCAGGGAUUCACAUUCCCACAGACAGCAACUCGUUCUUGGUCUACUGAUUCCAAGCGUCUUAUCCUUUCAAGUUCCUGGUGCAGCAAGUUGGAACUGCUUUCCGUUAACAUCGCAACUGGGAACAUUGAAAAAUUAACCAAUCACUCCAUAUGCCUUGGAACUUGGUCUCUUCUUGAUGUCUAUGAUAACGAAGUGCUCGCAGUCGUCUCUGCUCCGAAUCGCCCACCAAACGUUCUUCUGGGACAACUUCCAGGGACAGGAAAAGCCGAGGAAAUGGUUUGGGUGCGAAUCGACGAGGCGAAGGCUGUUGAUAAACGUCGUCAUCUCUUCGAGUUCUCCUGGGAAUUUGUGAAUCUUGAGCGUGACGGAGCGACUUACGAAGGAAUUCUGAUUGUUCCAAAUGAGGGAAACAAUCUUCCAAUGGUUGUGAAUCCCCAUGGUGGACCUCAUGGUGCAUCCAUGGCAAGCUGGCCACGUCGGGAUCUUACUACUCUUCUCAACUCUGGAUAUGCCGUCCUUCAAGUCAAUUUCCGUGGAUCACUCGGAUUUGGUGACGAUUUUAUUCGUGCUCUGCCUGGAAACUGCGGAGAUAUGGAUGUUAAGGAUGUUCAUAACGCAGUUCUCACCGUCUUGGAUAAGAAUCCACGUAUUUCUCGAGACAAGGUUGUACUCUUCGGAGGAUCUCAUGGAGGGUUCCUGGUGUCUCAUUUAAUUGGACAAUAUCCAGGAUUCUACAAAAGUUGUGUUGCCUUGAAUCCAGUCGUCAACAUUGCCACAAUGCAUGAUAUCACUGAUAUUCCUGAAUGGUGCUAUUUCGAGGGAACCGGAGAAUAUCCAGACUGGACAAAGAUCACGACCACCGAACAACGGGAGAAAAUGUUCAACUCUUCGCCAAUUGCUCAUGUGGAGAACGCAACUACUCCGUAUCUCUUGCUCAUUGGUGAAAAGGAUCUUCGUGUCGUUCCUCACUACAGAGCAUUUAUUCGUGCUCUCAAGGCUCGUGGAGUUCCGGCAAGGGUUCUCACCUACCCACCAUCGAACCAUCCACUUGAUGAGGUCAACGUUGAGGCCGACUAUGCAAUCAACAUGGUCCGCUGGUUCGAGAAAUCACUGUCUCAGUAAAUAUACUAAUGUCUAUAUGUAUUUAUCUAUUCAUCGGCUGCUUCUUUUCCUGCCCCCGGUAUUUUUUCAUUCAUUUUCCCGUGAUAUUGCCUUGUAAAUCUCUUAUAUAUGAACGGUUUGUAUAUUCUG